CGGAGUAUGUGUGAAACGGGCGUUAGUCUACCAGUGUAGAGGGUGUGUCCUAAGACUUCCUGAGUGCGGAAAAGAAAGGGUGACCAGUUUUGUGGAAGUAAAAUCCAACACAUUUCAAAUAAGACACAGAAUGACUGCUGAUCUCAAACUUUUCCUCCUCACCAUCUCCAUCUUCUAUGGCCUGCUUACUUGCUAUGGCUUCAAAAUUUGUGCCUUUAAUGUCCAGAGUUUUGGUGACUCUAAAUCAGCAGAUCCCAAAAUCAUGAAUUAUAUUUCACGGAUCAUAGCUCGUUGUGACGUAUGCUUGCUCCAGGAGGUCAGAGACCAGAAAAAUAAAGCCCUACCCCGCCUUGUUGCUGCACUCAAUGGAAUUUCCAGAGAUGGUGAGUUUGACUAUGUGGCGAGUGAGCGUCUCGGGAGAACACAAACCUAUCAGGAGCAAUAUGUUUUUGUUUACAGGAAAAGUACAGCCAAGCUAAAAAAUCGGUAUCAGUAUCCAGAUACACAGAAAGGGGACAUUGAUGCUUUCUCCAGAGAACCCUUUGUGGUACAUUUUGAAGCCCCUAAAACAGUGGCCAAGGAGUUUGUCUUGAUUCCACAGCACACCACUCCCUCAAAUGCCACCAAAGAGAUUGACGAACUCUAUGAUGUCUUUGUGGAUAUUAGAAAGCGAUGGAAAAUCGAGAAUGUGAUGUUCCUUGGCGACUUCAAUGCAGCUUGUGGUUAUGUGGCUAAAAAGAACAGGAAGAAUAUCAGACUUUUCUCUGACACCUCUUUCAUUUGGCUGAUUAAGGAUAAUGUGGAUACUACAGUGAAACAGUCAACUGACUGUGCAUAUGACAGAAUUGUUGUACAUGGAGAGUCAUUUCUCAGAACAAUUGAGUCUUAUUCAGCACAGCCAUUCAAUUUUGCCAAGGAAUUCCGUCUUACAGAGGCUCAGGCUCUAGAAGUGAGUGAUCACUACCCCAUUGAGGUGGACCUUAAGAUGAUAGACUCCAAAACAAACAGAGCAUCUUGCCUCAUGCCUACAGUCUUUGUCCUCAAUAUCAUAUUGCUAUUGCAGAUAAUAUGAACACAAGCAGAAGUUGAUAAUUCAUCUUGCCUAGAUGAAGACUUUAGUUUGCGGUUACACAGCUACUAUGUACUGGAUGUUCUACAAAUACACAAUGUGGUAGUGAUUGUGACUGAAUAUUUAACCUGUUUUUAAUAUGUAUUAGAAAUUAUAACAAUUGGGCAUUUCAGUUAUUUCACUGAAUUCAGCCAAGUGUGGCUCAGGUUGCAUUAAUAUACUCUCUUGUGUUUUUCAAAAACAUUUACAGUAUGGUUUUGCCAAAAUAUUGUUAAAUGCAUUUUACAACUUUCAGAAUAAAUAAUUUUUAUUUGUAAUGCACAGUCAUUCUUGUCUACCUUUUUACACAACUUUUAAAAUGUGAAACGUUCAAUUC